CCGGCGGCUCGGGCGGCGGUGGCCGGCGCCCCCUGGUCCUCGUCCUCGCCCUCCCUUGCUCCUCCUGUCCUCUCGGCCCGGGCGGCGGCGGCGGCCAUCAUGGCGGCGGCGGCGGGAGGCGGCGGCGCGGGGCCCGAGAUGGUCCGCGGGCAGGUGUUCGACGUGGGCCCGCGCUACACCAACCUCUCCUACAUCGGCGAGGGCGCCUACGGCAUGGUGUGUUCCGCGUAUGACAAUGUCAACAAAGUCCGAGUGGCCAUCAAGAAAAUCAGCCCCUUUGAGCACCAGACCUACUGCCAGCGGACUCUGCGUGAGAUCAAGAUCUUGCUGCGCUUCCGCCAUGAGAACAUCAUCGGCAUCAACGACAUCAUCCGGGCCCCGGCCAUUGAGCAGAUGAAAGAUGUAUACAUUGUCCAGGACCUCAUGGAGACAGACCUUUACAAGCUCUUAAAGACGCAGCACCUCAGCAACGACCACAUCUGUUAUUUCCUUUAUCAGAUCUUAAGAGGUUUGAAAUACAUCCAUUCAGCCAAUGUUCUGCACCGGGACCUCAAGCCUUCCAACCUGCUACUCAACACCACCUGCGAUCUCAAGAUCUGUGACUUUGGCUUGGCUCGUGUUGCAGAUCCAGACCAUGACCACACAGGCUUCCUGACGGAAUAUGUGGCCACACGCUGGUAUCGAGCACCUGAAAUUAUGCUGAAUUCCAAGGGUUACACCAAGUCCAUUGACAUCUGGUCUGUGGGCUGUAUCCUGGCGGAGAUGCUCUCCAAUAGACCCAUUUUCCCUGGAAAACAUUACCUAGAUCAGCUGAACCAUAUUCUUGGCAUUCUUGGAUCCCCGUCACAAGAAGACUUGAAUUGCAUAAUCAACUUAAAAGCCAGGAACUAUUUGCUCUCUCUUCCUCACAAAAACAAGGUGCCAUGGAAUAGACUCUUCCCCAACGCUGACCCCAAAGCUCUGGAUUUGUUGGAUAAGAUGCUGACAUUUAACCCUCACAAGAGGAUUGAGGUGGAGCAGGCGCUAGCCCAUCCCUACCUGGAGCAGUAUUAUGACCCAAGUGAUGAGCCGGUCGCCGAAGCCCCGUUCAAGUUUGACAUGGAACUGGAUGAUCUGCCCAAGGAGAAGCUGAAAGAACUGAUCUUUGAAGAGACGGCUCGAUUCCAGCCUGGAUACCGAUCUUAAAACUUUGACGAGGGACCCUGACACGCUCUGCGGGGACGCUCCUCUCCCUCCCCGGUCCUCGGCCGCGUCCCUCUGGCCUGUCUCGGCUCUCCACUUUGCCUCCUCGGGGCCGUUCCGAGGGGCAGCUUCUGGUAGUUGUGGCUUCUUUGCUUUUGAUGAAUUCUCUCAGCCUGAAGAAUCGUGAUCGCCACUCCCGCGUGUGUCCCCCAUUGGUGGCCCGUCCGAGGACACUGACUGCCCCCCUUCGUCCAGUCUUCUGCUCGCUUUCCGGUUUGAGAGAGGCGGCGGCUCCUCCCCCUCCCGGCCCCCGGCCUCACAGGCAUGGCUUUCCCUGUUGUGUCGGAGGGAGCUCCCUUAGAACUGUUUAGGGCACUUUACGUCAGUGACGCCCCUUGUUUGCACUGGGACUUUGAACCCCACCUGCUUGCCCCCGCAGGACAUCAUUGGCAUUGAUCUUCGGCUGGCGGGUCUCUCCCCCUCCUCCCCGGGGGGCCUCGGCCGCCGUUUCCCUAGGCGCAUUUGGGUUGGGAAGGGGGGGGUCCGAUGCUCUUGUUCUGGAGGUCAGGCCUUCCAAAGCUCACCUGAUAUGCAGUAGUGCGUGUUUACAAAAACGUAUGCAAAAAGACCCCAGGCCAGCUGGGCUGAGUCCAGUGUGGAUGCCUGCCUUCCAGAGAGGGAGGGAGGGAGGGAGGUGUGAGCACGCCUGCCUGCAUCCUGGGGGAGGAAGGUUGCCCACUGGCUCCUGCAGCAUGCCCACCCUGCCUGCUUGUGCCCCUGACCCCCGUCUGUCUGGGAGGCCCGGCCCCCUCCCUCCGCUGCUCUCCUCUCCACGUGAGAAACCCGCCUUGUUCCAGAGAAUGCGCGCACCCUCGCAUGGCCCCCACUGCUUUGUGUGCACAGACCGCUAUUGUUCGCGCCCCGCGCUGAUCGGGGACACCCCGACCUCUGGGUACCUCCGGGUACCUCCAAGUCGUUUUCCAGCCGGUACCUUGGAGACAGAAUUGUUUUCGGCUUCUCAUUCGCCUCGCUCCCUCCCCCUGAUUGAUUUGGGCAGCGACGGGGAGCGGAUUCGGGAAGAGAUGGCCUGCUGAUGGGAACAGAGACACGCUUGUAAUUGGUGGAAAUAAAUUUGGGUCUGCUCCCUUCACUCUGACGUUAGAUUUAGUUUGGCUUUUCUCUGGGCUCGUGUGUGUGGGGAUGGGCAGAAGGGGGGGCGCCCGCACAAAGCUGUGCUCGCCUUGUGCUGCCCCCCGGCCUUGGUUCUCCCCUCCUGAGGUGGGCCGGGAAAAGUGUGUCCUGAGAAGGCACCUGCGGAGGUCUCGGAGCCCAGCGGGGCCCUGUGCCUUUGGAAUGGUUAUCCAGCCAGCUUGCCAGCUCCGCCCGAGUUCUGCGGGCUGGGCAGGGCCUCUGGUGUUCCCCCCGGGCUCCCCUCCUCUCCACAGCUACGAUUGGCUUCUCUGAGGGGCCUCUAGAAGGGUUUGCUUCAAGGCCUAGAGUCGGAGCCGACGCUUUUAGUUCCUCAGCUUUAAUUUCUUAAGGAGCGUGCAUGGCUUCAUCCGCCCCUCCCCUGUGCUUUUCAAAUGGAUUUCUCUAGAACAUAGAUUUAGAACUGGAAGACUUAGGCCCACUCCUUCCCCCAUCUCCACCCCCUGUUUUUUACAGAUGAAGACACUUGAGGAGAACAGAACUCAAGUGCCGUGUCCAAGGUCACACAUGUGGUAAAUGAUGGGGCUGGAUUUGAGCCCAGCUUUCCUGCUUCCAAACCCAGCCCCCUUUUCUCCAGACCCCACCGCCUCCUUUGUCUGUGUAUUCAGAGGUUGGUCUUCAGCUCCUCCUCCCACCACUGCCUUGGGGUCUCACUAAUCUGGUGCUCUGGGCAGCCCGUUGGGACGGCGCCGAGGCCUUUGGCCGCUAGCUUAUAGUCGUUCUGGGCGGCGGGCGCGCUGCCCGAGGCCUCGGACCCCACCCCAGAUAUGCAAUGGCCAACCUGCCUGAGCUUCGGCUCUGCGACCUCAGAGCCAGUUAGGGGGGCCCUCCCCAGCUUCUGAGAGCAGGUGAGUCAGAGCGGCCAUCCUUCUGGAGAAACCCACUGCCUGCCGUCUGUUCCACAUCCCAUUCAGACCAUUUCUGAGCAGCUAUUAAGUUGGAGCUCUUUUUCUUAUGUUGAUAUGAUUUUUAAAGAACUUGGUAACUUUUGUAGUCUGUAGUAUGGUACUAGUGUGUCCAUGCCUGCAUCUGCAAACGCACGUGAUCGGGGCCCUUGCGAAGUACUUUUAUAUUUGUAAAUCAAUGUUUCUGAGUAAUCCCCACUUGACGGGAAAUAUUUUUGUAAAUGCAGCCAUUAAAAAAAACUUAUUGCGCAGUCCUUCUGCCGAUACUUUUCAAUGAACUUGGGCUUUUAAACGGCUGUGCCGGUGGGCGUUGCGAGAUCAGCGCCGCCGAGAUGGCGCUGACGAGAGUCCGGCCAGCCCAGAGCGGCGCAGGAGGGAGAGCGGCCUCCCGGGGCCGCCGGCUGCCGCCGCCGCCCAUGCCAUCCUCCCUCCCUUGGACUGGUUCCGUGUAGGGCGCUCGCUGAACACGUUCCAGGAAAAACGGCUUUCUUUGUACCUGCUUUGUCUUGUCGGUGCCUUUUUAGUAUCGUACCCCUAACCUCUGCAUAAGUGACUUAAUUGAUGGUAAGUUUUAAAGAACAUGGAAAAGGGAGAUUUUUAUUAAGAAUCUGAAUGUAUAUUAUUCAUUGUAUUGUUUUAACUGAACAUUCUCUUGUGGCAUUUGUGAGCUGGUUAAUCUGUAUAAAACGAUUGUAAGUAGCAAAGGUUUCUAUUUCCAGUGGACUCUUUGGAUGUUGUACAUGUACCUUUGGGAAAAAAACAAACGGCAACCUGAUUCGAGUGUUUACUGCUUUUGACAUCAAAUCAUUAAAUUGUGGCCCUGUCUCACCCAAA